ACUACCUACUUCUCUCCACCAUUAUCAUAACCGCGUUGUACGUGAAGGUGGUUAAUCAGAGUAAAAUAAAAAGGAGUUCAUCCUAAGCGAAACCACCAAGUUGACUAAUAAAGGAAACAUACAUAGGCUUUACGGUUUGUGUACUUAAUAAUCUCACAGAAGAUCUUAAAAACUAGUUCCCACAAAAAAGCACAUCUGAGCUAAUCAUAAUGGACUAUAUUCAAACAGCUGUUUCUUCAGUUGGACGUCUUGGCGACAAGAUCGAUAGCUACAAGUCCUCUUUGAACCUUACCAACCCGGGUACUACUGAAAAUUUGUCAAAGGAAGUUUCAAAAGAUCUCUUGCUUUCUAACUAUGCAUUCACCGGAAUUCGAGCUGAUGUAACAAAGGGAUUCUCUACCAACCCUUGGUUUACUGUUUCUCACGCAUUUGCUCUUGGCAGCCAAGUGUUACCCCCUUACUCUUUCAGCACCAUGUUUGGUGGUGAGCCAUUGUUCCUCCGCGGAAGCGUUGAUAAUGACGGUGCUGUCCAAGCCAUGUUGAACUGUUCCUGGAGCCCUAAUAUCAUUUCUAAGGUUCAAAUGCAAAUUGCCGAUGCUGCUAUCCCCAGCAUGUGCCAAAUUGAGCAUGACCACAGAGGAAAGGACUUUUCUUUCAGCGUUAAGGCAAUGAACCCUUGGUAUGAAAAUAAGCUGACUGGUAUUUACAUUCUUUCCAUGCUCCAGUCCCUUACUCCUAAAUUAUCCUUGGGUGUAGAGGCUCUCUGGCAAAAGCCUUCUACCUCUAUCGGCCCUGAGGAAGCCGCCUUGAGCUAUAUGGCUCGUUACAAUGCUGAUGACUGGAUCGCUACUGCUCACUUGAAUGGUACUCAAGGUGAUGUUACUGCCACUUUCUGGCGCAAGUUGAGCGAAAAGGUUGAAGCUGGUGUUGAAUGUCAAUUAUCCCCUGUCGGCUUGAAUCGUUCUGCUGCCUUGAUGACUGGCCCUAAGCCUGAAGGACUUACAUCGGUUGGUCUCAAGUAUGAAUUUGCUCAAAGCAUCUAUCGCAGUCAAGUUGACAGCAAGGGUAAGGUUGGUGUUUAUUUGGAACGUCGCUUGGCUCCCGCUAUCACUCUUGCUUUUAGCAGCGAAAUUGAUCAUCCCAAUAGAAACGCCAAGGUUGGUCUUGGCUUGAGCAUGGAGUUGCCCGGAAGUGAUGAGAUGAUUCAACAACAACAACAGUUGCUUUCUGGUCAAGCCCCCGCUGCUGCCCCUGCUGCCCCCGCUGCUUAAAAUUCUUGGAUAAAUCUGUUUCUUAAUGAAUUAGCAUAUGAAACAGGAUUUAUAAUCUAUAAAAUUCUACUAUUCAUUUCUUUACUUUCUCAAUAGGAAGAAAUUCGUAGGCUGAAUUCCUUUGUUUAACAGCAGAGUUUUCUUUUUGGAGAAGCAACGUUUCAUUGAACUGAGCUUCCAUCAUGAAUGACAAGUGUUUAAGCAAAGCAUGUAUUGAGUAGCAAAUUGUAGACUAUAAAGCCUCAGAGUAUGAAAACAUGGCUUUUUCUCUUAGACAUAUUGGUCAUUGUUGUUUACGACAUUCGCCCGCAAUAAAUUUUUAUUGAAGCAAAAGAACAUUUUAACAAUACCACUGUCAAUACCACUGUUUA